AUUUUGGGGUGAGUUUUGAAAGUACCAACAAUAUUGGGGUAUAUUUUGAAAUAAAAAUAAUAUAUGGGUUACUUCCGCGUUUCCAGAUAAUUUCGGUGGCUUAUAUAUGUCUUUUUAGAAGUUUUAGGGUGAGAUUUGAAAGUAAUGAUAGCAUAUGGGUUGAAUGGUAAUAAUUCUGGGGCUUUUUCGAGUUUCUAUUUAUUAAAGGUCCAUUAUUGUAUUAUUACCGGCUGUUUUCUAUUUUGUCGUUCCCGGCAAAUUUGGCUGAAUUUUGCCGGCGACGAUUCGAACUUUGCCAAGCGAUGCAAGCAACGGCGAAUCUUCCGGCGAUAUGGAACCUAUCGCUGUGCGGGUCAUCCUCUAAAGUCCAUAUAGUGAACCCUAGGCAUCGAAAGUCUCACGCGCUUCACUGUUUGAGAUCAGAAGGGCAUGAAGAGUUUGAUAAUUCUCAGGAUAAUCUUGGACUAUCUUCUAUUACAAAAGAAGCAAAACAUAAGGACAUAUGGAACCUCUUUAGAGAAGCUCAAAAAAAUAUCCUUAUUUUAAACAAGCAACGCCUAGCUGCAGUUGAGGAGUUAGAGAAGCUAAAGAAUGAGAAAGAUGAAUUACUAGAGAGGAUUAACCAAUUGGAGGCAGAAAGUCAGAUUGUAAUCAAGAAAGAUAAGUCGUCACUAUUCUGGGAGUUGCUUCUCCGUAUUGAUUCUAUGGUGAUCAAUGGUUUAAUCAACAUUGAAGAAGCUUCAUCCUUGAGAAAACUGGUUAAGGAGCAUGAAGCAAACAUCUCUGAGUUUCCCCUCGAUGUCCUGCAACAAGGAGAUGCUGAUAUUCUAGCAGAACUCAGACUGUUCAUAAAUAAAGGCAAAAGGAAUGGUCUCCAUGUGAUUCAUAUUUGCACCGAAAUGGCUCCAUUGGUUUCUGUUGGACCUUUGGCUUCUUAUAUAACAGGAUUGUCGUCUGCACUCCAAGGAGAGGGCUACAUGGUCGAAGUUAUAUUGCCAAAAUAUUCGACACUUGAUUUGGAUGAAAUUGAAGGGCUCCGGGAAAUUGAAGCUGAUGCAUAUUCGUAUUUCAAUGGCCAGCUGCAUGCAAACCGAAUAUGGAAUGGAGUUGUCUCUGGAAUAGGAGUGACACUUAUUCAACCAGUGUAUUACUCCUCAAUGUUUAGCCGUGAUAAAGUAUACGGGUAUCAGGACGAUUUUGAUAGAUUUGCCUACUUCUCUCGUGCUUCAUUGGAUUACAUUGCAAAAUCUGGAAAGCAGCCUGAUGUUUUACACAUUCACAACUGGCAAACUGCAAUAGUUGGACCGUUGUUUUGGGAUGUUUUUGUUAAUCAGGGACUUGAAGGUACUAGAAUACUCUUGACAUGCCAAGACUUUGACAAGGGUCUUGUACCUCCUGAAAAAUUGGAGCUCUGUGGGCUCGAUUCAGCUGAGCUUCACCGUCUUGAUCGCUUACAAGAUAACACUAAUCCACAUUUUGUUAACAUUUUGAAGGGCGGUGUUGUCUACUCCAACAAAGUCGUAAUAAUGUCAUCUUCACAUAGCUCAAUCCCUGGUCUCGAACCAACUUUAGCUAUCCACAAGGACAAGUUGUUUUUUGCUCCCUUUGGAGUGGACAACUCAAUGGAGAAAGACUUUUGUUGUGACCUUCACGUCUCUGCAUAUACUUCCAUUAAGAACCUAUGAGAUGAUGAACAAGAUGAUUAUUUAUCAUAUUUUCACACAAAUUAAAAAAAAAAAAAAAAACUAUUGUGUCCAUGUGUUUAGUGAGAUUAGUUGUAUAAUUGUUUGAUUUUCCAACUAACAAUUUGGACUCCUGAAUUAAUUAAAAAUAUAUUUUAUGUUGUUAAGAAAAAA